GUCAGCGCCGACCGGCCAAAAUUGGCUGGAUGGAUUUAAUUGGCAAAAAAUGAAAAGGUUUAGAACUGAAGUGGCAAACUUAAAAUAUUUAGGACUAAAUUAGCAAAAGUGCAAUAGGUUUAUAACUUUUUGGACAAUUUUUCCCUCGCUAAUUCAUUUUUUUGAGUGAUGUAAACAAUCAUUUUAAGAAAAAAAAAUUUCGAAUUAUUGAUUUUUUCUGAAAUAUAUACAAAAUUCAUUGGAUUAUACAGUUAUCCAAUCUCCGAGAAACGUUGGUUCAUGCGAUGUGACAUGACAACGAAGAUGAAAAGCUAAAGGGGGCUAGAAAUAGUCUCAAAUAUCUUUCGCAAAUUAUAUGUUUAUCAGCACAAUGCACAAGGCAUCAACUAGUGUUUUUACAUGAAAGCGACUGUUUUAGGUAAUAAGAAACUUCUCCAAUGCGACCCAAAGACUUUGGCUAUUUCCCAGAAGGUGUAUCCAAGACUCUUGAUGAUGAUGAUACUUCUAUCGUUUGUCUGGCUCGGACAAUUGUGCAAAGUUAAAGUUGGUGCAUGUGAACAAAGCGAUCAUAAAGCAGAAAAAGUAAAGAGGGCUUUAAAUUUUACAUCAACAUAAAGCCGUCUUCCAGGAUGGUGUUCGCCGUAGACCCCGUGCCUCAAGACUUUUGCGUCGGGCAUUGACUUGAAAGAGCUGAAUGACUGCGAAGUUUCCUCUGCUUCUAUUCACUUCACCAUUUUCCUCGACUUGGGCUUCUCUCUCCCUGCCAUUCCCUCCUUACUCUGCCUAUAUAUUCUCUCAAUUCCUCUGCUUGUGGGUUUGUAACUACCCAUUCCGAGAACGAGGAGUGAUCGUUGGUGGAAGAGCCACGUGGAAGCUGGUGGGACGGUUCCUACAUCGGACGAGGAGUGAUCAUCGGGGACGAGAGCCACGUGGAAGCUGCUGGGAUGGUUCCUACAUCGGACGAGGAGUGAUCAUUGGGACGAGAGCCACGCAGAAGCUGCUGGAUGUGUAACUACCUGUUCCAGCAGUGGUCAAGGAGUGAUCAUCAGGACGAGAGCCAAGCAGAAGCUGCUGGAUCUACAUCUACCCGUUCUGCCAUUCUUGUCAGUACGGGUAGUGAUCAUCGGGACUUACAAUGGAUGUCAACAAAAUUCUGGGAAUCGCCAAACAUGCCAUCAGUCUUGUUCAACAGGUCAGCAAGGUCAAUGGAGUCAAAGCGAAGAUGGAUGCUCUGGAAAUGAAUAUGGGAAUGGUGUCCGCCAGGAAGGCUGACAUAGUUUUGGAACUAGAGCAGGAAGAGAGGAGGCCGGGAAAGAAAAGGAAGAAAGAAGUUGACUUUUGGAUGCAGAGUGUAGGAUCGCUGGAGGAUCAAGUCCACCGGUUAGGACGAAACGUUGAAGAGGGGCAUUUCUUUUCUCGCCUCAUGUUGGAGGAUCAGGUGAAUGGCCUUGCGACUCAAGUGGAAAAAUUGCACGACAAGGGUAGAUUUGAUAAUGGUCUCACGCUGGAUGCGCGACCGGUCCGAGGCUAUGAACUACAACCAGGGGAACUAGUUGGACAGGCUUCCCAAACAAAAAGGGAUCACAUCUGGGAUUGCUUGAUGAACCAAGAGGUGCUCCGUCUGGGUGUUUGGGGACAGGCGGGGGUGGGCAAAACCUUUCUCGCGAUGCAUAUACAUGAUCAAAUAGUGCAAGAUUGUUCGAGGUUCGACGGUGCUUGUUUGGUCAAUGUAUCGCGAGAAGGCACUGUUGGGACGAUACAAACUGAUAUCGCGAACUAUCUCCAACUAGAUUUGACGGAGGCGAGCGGUGUUUACCGGGGCGCAAGACUGAAGGAGGCAUUGCAGGGUAGGAAACUCCUCUUCAUCUUGGAUGAUGUUUGGGAAUAUUACUCUUUGGAAGAAGUGGGUCUAGUCCUAGAAAGAAAUGGAUGUAAAUUGAUUGUGACUUCACAAUCGAGCGAUGUGUGCGAGCAAAUGAACUGUCGCGAGCUUGUUUAUCUUGCAACUCUUCCGGAGGAGAUACCUCAAUGGGUUGGAUGAAGUUUCAAGCUUGAGAUACGGCCAUUUGUCUUGAUGGCAUUUUCACUGA